ACCGGACCGACCCACCACUUCGGCACUCUACUUGCCGCAGCCGGGUCCGAUCCAUCCCAAGCCACCUCCCUCUCCCGGCUCGAAGCCCUCCCGACCGCCGACCAGUUAGGGCGUCGUCUACGGCGGCUUCACGUCCGGGAGGAAGGGAAGCCACCAGCGGCGUGCAUCUGAGCAGCAGCCGAGUCACAUCUUCCCUACGCUCCCGGCGGCCCUUCGUCGCUGCCGCCGGCCGACGCUGUGGCCAGGAGAGGCCCACCGGCCACCGCUGCCCCUCUCUCCCUCCUCCCGGUAUCGCUGCGGCAGUCGGCCGUCCUGCCGCCGCUCCUCUGUCCUCUCGCUCCUACCGUCAGGCGACCUGGCCCGGCCCGGCCUCACUCCGGGUCUGCAUCUCCUCACUGCGCGGUCCGCCGCUCGUCAGUCUUCUUCCGGUUGAUCUGCCGCUGCUGAGGCCUGAAGUGCCAGCCUUCAGUGAUGGAGGGUACUAGCAUUGCUAUCGAGAUUGAUGGGGAGGCCAUCUGUCUGGACAGUGUCGGAGAUAAUGAGCAUGAAGCUCAGGAGAAUGGCGAGAUGCAGCAAAUAAUUUACAAUGCUGGAGGUGGGGAGCAAGUGGCCUUUGACAGCCAAGAACAGGGAAGGGAGGAAGAUCCUGCGGGAAAUGAAGAAGAGGACAGGGAAAAUAAUUCUAUAAUUCCAAGCCGUGAGGAGUUGACUGAAGAAUUGCGGAAUAAAGUUGCAUAUAGUGAGGAGGAAGCUUAUAGGCUGUACUGCGACUACGGGCACCGUAUGGGCUUUAGUGUCCGGAAAGGAAAGCAGUACUACUUUACAGGGACCAAAACUAUCCGUACAAAAGAUUAUUACUGCUCAAAGGAAGGUAUGAAGGAUGACGAGCAGCUUACGGAGGCAAACUUUAAUAAGCCGGAGACCAGAACUAAUUGCAAAGCGAUGGUCCGUUUUAGAGUUGAUUCUGAAGGUCAGUGGCGAGUUAUUCAGAUAAUUCCUGAACACAAUCAUGAGUUGGUUCGGCCUGAAGAGGUGCACUUACUGAGAUCAGUGAGGACUCUUUCAGUUCCAAAACCUGGUGCGCUGAAUGCCAUGGUGAAUGCUGAAAUCCAAGCAAUGCAUGACAGUUUGCAUAUAAAUGAAGAUGGUACAGAAUGUCACAGUCAGCUUAGCAUCCGUAGUUACACACUGCUUGAACCAGAGGACUCUGAGGCCCUUGUUGGCUAUUUCAAGCGCAGAACAAAUGAACAAGGUAUGUUCUAUUGGGAUGUCGAAGUAGAUCAAGAAGGCCGAAUGACUAAUUUCUUUUGGAGGGAUGGGAGAAGCCGGCUCGACUAUGACAGUUUCGGAGAUGUUGUGAUAUUUGAUACAGCAUAUCGUACCAGCAAGUAUAAUAUGAUAUGUGCCCCAUUUGUUGGCGUGAAUCACCACUGGCAAAAUGUCAUGUUUGGCUGUGCGUUUUUGUUGGAUGAAUCCUCAACAUCUUAUGAAUGGUUAUUUAAGUCAUUCUUGGAGUCAAUGGGUGGUCGUCCUCCUAAAACAAUCUUUACUGAUCAGAAUGAAUCUAUCUCCAAGGCAAUUGAAGAUGUUCUUCCUGGGACACGUCAUUGUCUUUGUCAAUGGUACAUCGAAAAGAACCUGCAGUCGCAUUUAGGUACUAUCAAUGCUUCUGGAACAUUUCAUAGCAUGCUUUCAAAGUGCAUGAAAGAAUGUGAGUCCGAAGCAGAGUUCAAUGAAGCAUGGGCAAUGAUGCAUCAUGAAUAUAAUAUGCAGGAACACCAGUGGCUCACUGAUCUGUAUCAGCAGAGGCAUAAAUGGUGCACAGCUCUUCAUAAGGAUGCAUUUGAUGGUGGGAUUGAAUCGUUGGAUAGGAGUGAAAGUUCAAACAAUGUUUUGAGAAGCAUUAGUGAUAUAUCAACUUCACUUGCCACUUUUAUUCUUGAGUUUGAUAAAAUCGUAGGGAGUUGGCGUAAAAAUGAAUCUUUAGAGGACAUUCGGUGCAAUCAGACUGCUCCAGAGUGUACAGUUAAGCAUAGUAGAAUUUUGCAGCAGGCCGCUGAAGUUUACACACAUAAUGUCUAUAAGUCUCUUGAAACAGAUUUUCUAGAUGGAUGUGGUGCAACUUCGUACCAGGAAGUUCAAUGUAGUGAAGCAUUGUAUAGGUUUGAGUUCAUUUUGCAAAGAAGUGGUCCAAAAGUUUGGAUAGUUUUCCUUAACACAUCUACCAUGGACUUGAGCUGUAGUUGUAAAAAAUUUGAGACCAUGGGCAUACUUUGUUCACAUGCUCUAAACGCACUUGGUCUCAAGAAUAUCGAUAGGAUUCCUGAAAGGUAUAUUUUAAAGCGAUGGACUAAAUAUGUUAGAAAAGGAACAUAUCCAUUUCCAGUUGACGAGUUCGCAGAACAAGAUCGCACAAAAGCUGAGUUUGCAUAUCGUAACAGAGCUAUGUGGUUUGUGUAUGAUCUGCUGAUGAAGAGCAAAAGUCAUCAUAAUACAAGAAAACUUAUUCUGGAUGUGCUUGAAAAUGGAGAAAAAUCACUGGGAAAUGUAUGUGAACUUAAAAGAUUGCAUAUACAUCCCUCGGGAAAAGAGAAAGAUGGAAGUAGGGUUGAAAAGAGAAAGAAAAAAUCAAUUAAGCCAGAGAAACAUUCAAGAAAUGUAAAACAAGUGGUUUUGCCCCAGCCAGCUGACCUGGUUUUUGUCGAUCCACCAAAUCAAGAUCAAUAUUAUGCAGCAGAAGAUAUUGCAUCAAACUCAUCUAUUGGUAGACCUUUCUUCUACCAGGGAUAUCCUACUACUGGUGUUUCAGCAAGUCAGAUUCAGGGGCAUACAAAUAUGCAAUCUGUGCCCCAGUGUGCAUCACAGGGAUUACACCAAAAUCAACCACCAAGUGCUUCACUUGUUCGUGCUGUUGAAAGCGCCUUUCCACUGAAGCGUGAUCUUAAGGAGCUUACAUAUUUUGGUAUACUGUCAAGUGUCAAUACAACCCAUCUGUCUGCACUUUGCGAUGAUAACAGUCGAGAUUCUAGCACGACGGGCACCGUGAGCUUGUUCGACCUUUACAUGAGCUUCAUGGAGUGUACAUGGAGGCUUGAGGAGGGUGCCGCCAUUUCUUGAAGACUACACGCUGUUCUGUUCAGGCAGGAUUGAAUAAUAUCGAAAUCUGACACUGAAACAGGCUUUGAGUUAGACCUGUUAAUCUCGUGGGCUUAUUCGAUGCUCUGUUAUAACAAAAUCUGCCGCUGACGUAAAUCUAUCGCUUGCUUUUCCUUGGAUUUGAGUAAAUCAAGGGGCAUAGAUGGAGGGACACUUCCAUACGAUUUUCGUUUGAGGGGGCGGGCAUUAAUUCUCCAUGUACCUACCAAUAAAAUUCCCCAUGGGUUGGUGGGGAACGUGCCUUACAAACGGCUCAUGAGUGUAUCAUUCAUUAUAUAAGGGCAUGUGUGGUUGCUCAUGUGAUUUAGUCUAUGGAAUUUAAUGAGAUAUGAUGCGGAGAUGUAAUAUGGUAUGUUUGUUUGGCUGUAUAUGUUUAGUCUAACUGAGAAGAGAUAAUGUUUGG